AUGGACAUCAACACAGACCUUUGGGAGCUCUCUCGCGUCGUUUUCUCUUACCCCGCAAUUGAUAAUCACGCACAUGCCUUCCUGAGUGAGGAGCACAGAGACGCGUUUCCCUUCGAAGGCCUCAUCACAGAGGCAAGCGGCGAGCGUGCGCUCAAGGAAGAUGCUAUCCAUACGAUGGCAUGUUUCCGCGCGACGACGCAGCUCGCGAAGCUCUUUGCGCUAGGGCCCCACGCCAACUGGGAGGCCGUCAAAGCGCAUCGGAGUUCGCUCUCUUAUGAGCAACUUUGCAAGAUGUGCAUGGAGCCGGCGCACAUCCAGUGCAUCCUGAUCGACGAUGGCCUCGGCGGGGCCGAUAAGGCCAAGUUGUACGACUACAAGUGGCACGAUCAGUUGACCAGCAGUCCCACGAAGCGCAUCGUCCGGGUGGAGACUCUUGCAGAAGACAUUCUGCGACGGCUCAUGGACCAAAAUAUCGCAGAUAACAAUGUCACCCCUUCCGAGCUGGUCAACGCAUUCGCAGAAGAGCUGAGAAAGUCACUCCACGCCAGCGCAGCCGACCCAGACGUGGUUGGAUUCAAGAGCAUCAUUUGUUAUAGAACCGGACUCGACGUAGUAGCUGGUGAUAGCCUGUGUCAAGUUACUCUGGAGCGUCUAUUGGUCGGUCUGGUCCUGGUGUAUAUGGCGAAAGGCACCUUGCGUCUUGCGGACAAGGCCAUUAAUGACUACGUCGUCAACGUCGCCAUGACCAUCGCUGCGGAGUACGACAAGCCAGUGCAAUUCCACACGGGUCUCGGGGACAACGAUAUCACGUUGAAGCUCUCCUCGCCAUCUCAUCUACAACCGCUUAUCAAGGCAUACCCAAAAACGAAAAUUGUCUUGCUGCAUUCCAGCUAUCCAUACACUCAAGAGGCUGGAUACCUAACAGCAGUGUACGAGAACGUCUUCCUCGACUUCGGGGAAAUCUUCCCGUUCUUGAGUCCCGACGGUCAGCGCGAAGUGAUCAGGCAGGUCCUCGAACUCGCACCUACGAACAAGAUCAUGUGGUCUACGGAUGGUCAUUUCUGGCCCGAAUCCUACUACCUUGGGUCGAUUCAAGCACGACAGGCCAUGUUCGAGGUGUUGGAAAGUUCGAUACGGAAAUGGGAGCUCUCGCUACCACAAGCGAUUGGGAUCGUGAAACGCGCAUUCUUCGAGAACGCGAACAGGAUAUACAAUCUGGGGCUGGAACCGCGCACUGUGUAA